UUUGGGAAAGGGAAAACUGAGUAUGAAACGCUGCGUUUUCACUUUUUCUUUGUUUCAGACUCACACCACAUGUUAGAGUCUUGAAAUAAGAAUAAGACUUAAGAGCUAAAAAAUCGCGUGUUUUUCGAGAGGGAAUGGACGCGCUUGGAUUUGGGAGUGGAUUUAGCGGCUUCUGGAAGUGGAAUCCGUCACCGGAAUCUCGACGGCGUCGUAUUCGCUCUAAUUCGACUUCGCCUGGUUCCAUCGUCGGAGGUGGUUAUCAGUUCCCGGUGAAGCAGGCGAUAACAGCCGCCUCCCUCGCCCUUACUGGUGACACAAUUGCUCAGAUCAGUAACCGUUGGAGCAAAGCCAAAGAGACGGAUGAAAAUGCCUCUCAGGAUGUAUUGUCGAGGCUUCUUUCGGAACACGAUUUGCUACGUGCUCUGCGAAUGACUUCCUAUGGAUUCCUUUUCUAUGGUCCUGGUUCUUUCGCCUGGUACCAGUUGCUUGAUCAUUGUCUCCCUAAACCAAAUGUCCAGAACCUAAUGCUAAAGGUUUUACUAAACCAGAUUGUGUUGGGUCCGUGUGUCAUUGCGGUUGUCUUUGCGUGGAAUAAUUUAUGGCAACAGAAGCUCUCAGAGCUUCCAGAAAAAUACAGAAGAGAUGCUCUGCCAGCUUUACUUUAUGGGUUUAGAUUUUGGGUCCCUGUCAGUGUGUUAAACUUCUGGUACGCGUAUUCACAUGCAUGAUUUAGCAUUCAAUUAUUCUACUAAUUAUUCUAGUUAUUUGUGGUUUGAAUUGCUUAGACAUUGAUGAGUC